AUGGCUUCCUCGUACGCACCAUUCUCUGUAGUGUUCAAUGGUUUCGCUGCAACCAAACCUAAAAACCCACCUCCAAAUUCGUCGUCUUUUCUCUUCCCUUCGUUGAAAUUAUCCAGAGGAACAUCAAAUUCUGGGAAUAUGAGAAAUGGGGUUUCUUUGAAAUCUUGGGAUAAUCAUGGGUUUCUAUUUAGAUAUAGAAAUUUCAGUGUCUAUGCAAGAGCUGCUUCAGAGAAAACUGUUCACGAUUUCACUGUAAAGGACAUAAAUGGGAAGGAUGUUUCUCUAAGCAAAUUCAAAGGAAAACCUCUUUUGAUCGUUAACGUUGCUUCAAAAUGUGGUUUGACAACAACAAAUUACUCAGAGCUUUCACAUCUGUAUGAUAAAUACAAGGACCAAGGAUUUGAGAUUCUUGCUUUCCCUUGCAAUCAAUUUGGAGGUCAAGAACCUGAAUCAAAUCCUGAUAUCAAACGAUUCGUGUGUACCCGAUUCAAAGCCGAGUUCCCUAUAUUUGAUAAGGUUGAGGUCAAUGGACCAAGCACAGCUCCAAUCUACAAGUUCUUGAAAUCAGAGUCUGGUGGAUUCUUUGGUGAUUUCAUCAAAUGGAACUUUGAGAAAUUCUUGGUUGAUAAAAAGGGCAAAGUCGUCGAGAGGUACCCUCCCACGACUUCGCCUUUCCAAAUCGAGAAGGACAUCCUGAAGUUGCUUGCAGCUUAA